AUGGAGAUUGUCUUCGAGUACAUGCGGAAGCGCAGCGAGUUCGGGCGACCAUGCAACUUCUCCGACUGGCCGGCCCAGGUCACCCUGGACAUCCCCCCCGACCCCAGCCUGGCCAGCGACUUCAUCCUGAGGAGCCCCGUGGACAGCAGCGUCCAGCACACCAGCGAGAUGGCGGCACACGAGGUCAACACGGAGAGGAUGGAGGUGGAAUCCCGCGGUAUCAACCACGUGGAGGGCGGCUGGCCCAAGGACAUCAACCCCCAGGAGAAGGAGCACACCGCACGUUUCCGGAAAAAAGUGGAGAAAGAGGAAAACUACGUCAACACCAUCGAGCACCUCAGCACCCUGAUGGAGCACUACGUCAGGCAGAACAACACCAUCAACAUCUACGAGGAGUACUUUGAGGAGGAAGAGAUGGUGGAGCUGGAGGAUGAGUCCCCCUGUGCAAAAACCAUCAACAUCCUCAGGGAUCCAAAUGUAAUCAAGAGGAUGGCCACACACAUCUCCUGGAACCCCAACAUCUCCGAGAAACUGGCCGUGGCUUAUUCCAACCUCCAGUUCCAGCACAGCACGAGGAACAUGAGCUUUGACUCCUACAUCUGGGAUCUUGAAAAUCCCAACAACCCAGAGCUGUCUCUCACGCCCUCAUCCCCUCUCGUGUGCCUGGAAUACAACCCCAAGGACAACAACAUCCUGGUGGGAGGAUGCUACAACGGGCAGAUAACUUACUGGGACAUCAGGAAAGGAGAGCUGCCCGUGGAGGUGUCCACCGUGGAGGUCAGCCACAGGGACCCCGUGUAUGGAGCCAUCUGGUUGCAGUCCAAAACAGGCACUGACUGCUUCUCAGCCUCCACUGACGGGCAGGUGCUGUGGUGGGACAUCCGCAAGCUGUCAGAGCCCACCGAGAAGAUGAUCCUGGAUAUCAGUGGGAAUGAGGUCCUGAAGAAUGCUCUGGGUGCUGCCACCCUGGAGUUUGAGCCCACCCUGCCCACCAAGUUCAUGGUGGGCACAGAGCAGGGCAUCGUCAUCGCCUGCAACCGGAAGGCCAAGACACCCCAGGAAAAAAUCACUGGCACCUACACGGGCCACAUUGGACCCAUCUACACCUUGACCAGGAACCCUUUCUACCCCAAAAUCUUCCUGACUGUUGGCGGCUGGGCUGCUCGGAUCUGGUCAGAGGAGAUUAAGGAAUCCCCAAUUAUGUGCACCAACAGGAACCACCUCUCCUACCUGAUGGAUGGAUGCUGGAGCACCAUGAAGCCAGCUGUCUUCUUCACUGCCAAGUCAGACGGGACUCUGGAUGUCUGGGACUUCCUCUUCAAGCAGAAGGAGCCAACCCUAAGUGUGAAGGUCUGCAACGAGUCCCUCUACAGCCUGUGCCUGCAGGACACGGGCAGUGUCAUAGCCUGUGGCUCUGAGCUGGGCACCAUCACCCUGCUCCAGAUCUCCUCGGGGCUCUGCACCCUCCAGAGGAACGAGAAGAACUCUGCCAACGCCAUGUUUGAGAGGGAAACCAGGCGGGAGAAGGUCCUGGAGGCCCGGUACCGAGAGAGGAGGCUGAAGGAGCGAGCCCAGUCUGUGGUCCUGGAUCUGGAUGAGGAGGAGAGGCAGAAGGAGGAGACCCCCCAGGAGCUGUUUGCCCGGACCCGCAGUGAGUACCUGGAGACCAUCCAGGCAGAGAUGAAGAAGAUGGGGAUAGAGACACAGCUCCCCCAGGACAAGGUACAGGGCAGGGGACAUGGGGACAUGGGGACACAGGGCAGGGAACUGCUGCCACAGGCAGGGGACAGGGGGGCAGCUCUGAAGGAUGAAGAGAAGAAAAAGGAGGAGGAUGAAGAGAAGAAGAAGGAGGAGGAUGAAGAGGAAAAGGAGGAGAAGGAUGAAGAGAAGCAGAAGGAUGAAGAGGAAAAGAAGGAGGAGGAUGAAGAGGAAAAGAAGGAGGAGGAUGAAGAGGAGAAGAAGGAGGAUGAAGAGGAGAAGAAGGAGGAUGAAGAGAAGGGGGAGAGGGUGGAAGAGGACACUCUGGAGGAGUCAUAG